CCUCACUUUGCUACUUCGUGAGUGCAUGCUACUUUCUCCGAAAUAGCCUUUCCGCUGCCCGACAGUCGGGAAGAUUAUCAUAUCGAUUUUCAAGCCGCACGUGAGUGUGCGUCUCGUGAUCUCGCGAUUCCGUCCAGACGCGCCCUCGUCAAACAGCCCCGCCCCCGCCAGGUCCCCUUUGUCAAUUGUACCAAGCCGCCAAUGGGCAGUGUAUCGGUCCACGCGGCAUCCCGCCAUACUACGCCAAUAUGCGGUGGUUAAUAAGGUGGGGUCGACCGGGUAAAUAGACGCGUCCAUCUCCGCCAUGCCAUCCCACCUCAAAAGAAUCGAAUACGCUGCCAGCUACCCAGGCCAUGAUUCCAAAGGCCCAUCGCCAACUCCCCAAAUUCGCGCCUCCACAGCCUCUCUAUACCACGAUGCCAAAAGUCCUCAACCCCAUCCUCCCCGGCUUCAAUGCCGACCCCUCCAUUCUGCGCGUGGGGUCCGACUACUACAUUGCAACCUCGACCUUUGAAUGGUUUCCUGGCGUGCAGAUCCACCACUCAAAAGACCUCGCCAACUGGACGCUCGUUACGCGCCCGCUGAGCCGCAAAUCUCAGCUCGACAUGCGCGGGAAUCCUGAUAGCUGUGGUGUCUGGGCGCCAUGCUUGACGCACGACGGUUCCAAGUUCUACCUGGUUUACACGGAUGUAAAGAGGAAGGACGGCAGCUUCAAAGACACACACAACUACAUCGUCACCGCGGAGAAGAUCGAAGGCCCUUGGAGCGACCCCUUCUACGUCAACUCCUCUGGCUUCGAUCCCAGCUUGUUCCACGACGAAGACGGGAAGAAGUGGUUCAUGAACAUGCUCCAGGACCACCGGCGACGGCCGCGGUCGUUCGCGGGGAUACGGCUGCAGGAGUGGUCGGAGAAGGAGGGGAAGCUGAUCGGGCCUUGGAAGACGAUAUUCCUCGGCACAGAGCUUGAUCUCGUCGAGGGCCCGCAUCUGUACAAGAGGAACGGGUGGUACUACCUGCUCACGGCCGAGGGCGGGACUGGGUACGAGCACGCCGCUACCCUCGCGCGGAGCAAGGACAUCUGGGGCCCGUACGAAGUGCAUCCCAAGAACCCAAUCCUCUCUUCUACGAGCGCACCUCUUGCGCCGCUGCAGAGAGCAGGGCAUGCGGAUAUUGUAGAUAGCGAAGACGGAAAGACAUACCUUGUCCACCUGACAGGCCGCCCGAUAACCCAAAACCGCCGAUGCGUGCUCGGCCGCGAGUGCGCGAUCCAAGAGGCGUACUGGGCCGACGACGACUGGCUAUACGUGAAGAACGGGCCCGUCCCCUCGCUCAGUGUCGAGCUCCCCGCCGCCCGCGACGACACCGCCUACUGGGCCGAGCAGCACUACACAUUCUCCGCCACCGAUGGCCUGCACAAGGACUUCCAGUGGCUGCGGACGCCAGAGCCCGAGCGCAUAUUUGCCGUGCAGGACGGCGCGCUCGAACUCACAGGCCGCGAGGCAAUCGGCAGCUGGUUCGAGCAGGCGCUCGUCGCGCGGCGGCAGACGCACUUCUCGUACGACGCAGAGACGGUGGUAGACUUCGCCCCGCUGGACGAAAGGCAAUUUGCAGGGCUCACGGCGUACUACUGCCGCUUCAACUUCUUCUACCUCACCGUCACCGCGCACGCCGACGGCAAGCGCGAACUCCUCAUCCUCACAUCCGAAGCCUCGUGGCCAGAGGGCCGUCUGAAGUUCCCGAUCGCGGAGCCGGUAUCGAUCCCGCAGGAGGGCAAGGUGCGGCUCGCGCUCAGCAUUCGCGGGAAGGACUUGCAAUUUUCGUAUUCGCUUGAUGGCGCGAAGGAGCUCACGAAGAUCGGGCCGGUGUUUGACGCGAGUAUCCUCAGCGACGAGUGCGGAGGGCACCAGGCGCACGGCAGCUUCACGGGGGCGUUUGUGGGGGUUGCGGCGAGCGACUUGGAUGGGCUGGAGACGAAGGCGAGAUUUGAUAGCUUUACGUAUCGGCCUGUCAAGCACGAGAGCGACCGGUAUGAGGUGAGGGGCUGGUGAGGAGCGGCGCGGUGUCUGGAAUAGAAACCACAAUUGGACAGUCAACAGCCACUUGCGAUGGGCGGCCACGUGCACAAAGUCAGUGUAGGGCAACACAAAAGCCUGAGCAUGGUACGCUGUGCCACCCCAAGCUCGGUCGUACACCG